AUGAUCGACACUCCCUUACUCACUACCAAUGAUUGUGAGGGCGCUGGCGAAGCCUUUCGUGUGCAGCAGCCCUCAGAUCGGGCAAUUAAUGCUGUUUCAGCAACCAAUUCGAGCAGUAAAGAGUUCCAUUUAACAGUCAGCAGUCAACUUCAUCUGGAGGCAUUCGCUUUGGGCUUAAGCAAGGUUAGUUAA